GUUUGAUUAUCAGAUGAUGGCUCACAUCGCAAUGGUGGAGGACAUGUUUCUCCUCAGGGUACUGGGAGUAUCCCUCUUGGCCACCUUUGCCGGCUGUGCAGAUUUCACGGGUACAGAAUUUGCUGUGAUGUUUGCCGAAAAGGAUGAGUUCCCUGACAUGUCUGUGUCAUAUAUACUCUUUACAAUCAGUGGACCGGCAAACACUUUAGUCACAAUUUCAUCACCUGGACAUACCUAUAUGACCAACCAUCGUAUUGGUUCUAAUGGACGACUGAAUGUCACCUUACCUGAAUACAUGAAACACUGGAAUAGUUUGAUUAUUGAACCUAAUGGCAUCAUCGUAUCUGCCAGUGCUGCCGUAACCGUCAGAUGUAUCAACAAAUACGCUAAUGUGUCACAAGGAUACACGGCCAUCCCGAAACAUUCAGCAUCAACUACCUAUAUAGCCGUGUCUCACGACCCUGCUGGCAGAUAUGCUUCAUAUAUCCUGGUAACAGCCUACGAUGAUGCCACCACUGUCGAUGUCCACUUCAAAUUUCCAAGGCCGGGUAAAUGUGUCAACAUGGAUACUGAAGUAACCACCGGACACUCGCUGACCUUCACCCUCAACAGCCUUGACGUAUGGGGAGUGCGGUGCGACCAGGAUCUGACCGGUACCUCGGUUACAAGUUCGGCACCAGUUGCAGUUGUUUCUGGCCUCGCCAGUUUGUUCUCUGCGUUGCCGUUUCUGGAGACGAUGCUUCUACCGGUUGACCUUUAUGGAAAUAAUUACGCGUUGCCUAGUUACACAGCAGGAUCUAUGUACAGAGUCGUUGCAGCAUCUAAUGACACAUUGGUAUCUCUCGCGAGAAACACGAAGAUGUUGCUAAGUGCCGGCGACUUUCUGGACGUUCCUGAAAGUAAUUCCUUGACGUGCAUGACGACAAAUAAGCCAGUACAAGUCGUCAUGCUAGGAGUGACGUCAUCCGUUGGUGCUCAUACAAUUGUAUCAUCCCUAGCUCAUCCCAUGAUGAUGCCAAUGCCACCAGUUGAACGUUUCCUGACUUCUUACAACCUCUACGUUGAAAGCUCAUCAACCAUGGUUUCUGAACACAUUACCUUGGUGGCUCCAAGCGACCACAUCGAUGAGCUUGCUGCUUCCAUACAGUUCGUGAUGAUAGCAGUUAACGAAACAAGCCAGUGCUGUAACAUGUCUCAAGUCACAGGUGUCGUGCCAAAUGGCACCACCGUGAAUUUGGCCAGUAGUGUUCCAUUCACUAUCAUCUACAAUCAUUUUCACGUUCCAUCUGGCGCACUUCAUGGCUAUUUCGGCGGAGCAAAUCUAGACCCUGUGACCUGUCCAGUCAGUGACGGUUACCAGUAUUUGAGUGUGCCGAGUCUCUGUUUGAAGGUCCACACCACAGUAUUGUCCUGGACAAAGGCCAAGGAUGCUUGUUUGGCGAGCGGAGAUCGCCUGGUCAAGUUGGACACUGAGCAGAAGAACAUUGCUGUGGUCAAUUUGGUGACCAAUACCGUUCCAGCUAUCCCAUCUAUAGGUGCGUGGAUUGGGCUCCAGAAGUACGAUGUGUGGGAGUGGACGGAUGGAGAGAGUUCAAACUACACUGACUGGUAUCCCAAUCAACCUGAUAACUCUGGAACGUGUGCCCAACUUCUGUCCUCGGUUCAGUUCCAAUGGGACGACUUCAACUGCGCCGUCAACAACUCGUAUGUCUGCGAAAAGGUUCUUCUUGAUCCAACGUCUACGACAAUAGUCAACACUAUGUGUAAUGAUGACAUCGCUGGGUGUCCGGCGAGUUCCGGCUACAUGCAUGUAGCGUAUUCCAACACAACAAUGUGUCUGAGAAUGUCCGACACCCGCCAGACAUGGGCCGAGGGAAUGACCGACUGUCAGAACACGGGGGGUCACUUGGUCAAGGUCGACACUCAGGAAAAAAAUGAGUUACUAUACACCUACCUUAAAUUGGAAGCUACAGACCACCGUUACUACAUUGGCCUGUGGGACAGUGACAAUACUGCGGCCGUGUGGACAGACUGUACCGUAUCUAACUACACCAACUGGUAUGGAGUAGAACCGAACCAUCUGUCUGAACAAUGCGCACAAAUGAAUUUACAUGAGAAUGGAGGAUGGCUUGAUGUCCACUGUAAUGAUAAGAAGAUAUCUAUAUGUGAAGCAGACACUAUCAGCAACCAUGUUGUUGGUCACAUAGACGAACACGGCACGUUCCAGUGUAACGCCUCUGAUGUCGUGACGUCGUCGUACAGCAGUGAUGUAGCGACCACAGUCGUUACCGUCUUUAGCAGUGCCCCCGUGGAGACGACAUCCACAACAGCGACCACAGUCGUUACCGUCUUCAGCAGUGACCCCGUGGAGUCGACAUCCAUAACAGCGACCACAGUCGUUACCGUCUUCAGCAGUGACCCUGUGGAGUCGACGUCCAUCACAGCGACCCCUUUUUCGGGAACACAACCACCAUUGCACAAUAUGGCAACAACUACGGAACCAUCGACAUCCUUUCUCACUGAGCCAACGCCGUCAGUCACAGCAACGUCAGCAUCCUUUCACACAGACCCGACUCCGUUUAACACUGAAACGGCCGCGCUAGAAACACAAGCCUUUUCUUCAACGUUGGCAUCUUCAGAACUACUACAGUUAACCGAUCCAACAGGUGUUCAACCAUACGGACCAACGACCAUUAGCAAAGAUAUGGAAAGCAAACUGACCGAUGACCACAACCCACAACGUGUGACGAGAGAAGUGUGUCGUUGUGCUUGUAUUCCGCCCGGAAGACUAAGUCAGUUAUCUCCCCUUGUUGUGAAGAGAAAGGCAGAAGAAAUCAGAAGGGAGCUUAUUCUAAACACCAAAAACCUUACAAAAACAAUUGCCCAGUUCAAAAGUGCUGAAGACGAAAGAAAGUCUGCUGUUGGUAUAGGGAUUCUUGGUGUGUUCCUCAUUACGUUUCCGAUGACAUUGAUGAUCUUGUCAGAUCUAUGCACGAUGAAGUUUCGGAACUAAAUGAGGCGGCGGCGAUGGUAGUCUAGUGGGUAAGGAUUUCGCUCUUCUCGCCGAAGACCUAGGUUCGAAUGCUCAGAUGAAUUCAAUGUGUUAAGCCUAUGUCCGGUGUCACAGACAAAGACAUUGCUGUAAUGCCACAUGUGGCGUGAAUAACAUACAUGUACAGAGGUAAGGUGGAAUAUGUACCGAGUCGAAAAAGGCUACUGCAACUUAGGGCUGAAACCAUGUACACUUAAUAGUAACUGGAUGAGUAAGUAUGUGUUUAUGCCGCUUUUAGCAAUAUUCCAACAAUAUCAGAAAUGGGCUUCACACGUUGUACUCAUGUGGGGAAUCGACUCCAAGUCUUCAGCGUGACGAGCGGACGCUUUAACCAUUAGGCUACCCCAUUGUCCCUGGACAUUUACCAUGUACCUCUGAUAUGCAUUCUUACCUUCUAUUAUUAACAUAAUUUUGCCUCAAAUAUAAUGGCCAGUCGCAAACUCUUAUGAAUCAAAGAUAUUUUAAGAAAGUCAUAAUGUUAAUCAAAUCGAUGUUUAGAUCUGAUGCAGAUUAAUGUCAGUUAAAUAUCAGCCUCAGUGGUAUAAUUGGUUGUUUGGUUGUUUAACGCCGCACUCAGCAAUAUUCCAGCUAUUUGGAGGCGGUCUGUAAAUAUUCGAGUAUG